AAUCUCUUUCGUCCUCCAAAGGUCGAGUUUUGAGAGAGAUUUCUCAUGUGGUUUUGUCUCGUCCACCCAAAGAAAAUCAAGAAAAAAAAAAAAGAAAACUCGAUUCACUUAUAUCACCCACUUAAAAUUUCUUGUAUUUUAAUUUUUUUUCGAUAAUUUUCCAUACACCCAAUCUUUCGUCAGCGUUGAGACUUUGUACACACUUACUCGUGUUCAAAAUCUAAGACUCUCAGUUUCCGAAGCUUAAAAAGUUGUCGUGCCUUUUGGAUUUUGUCUUAGAAAUGAUGAUGUCAUGUCGGAAUAUAGACUUGGGUACGAGUGUUCUUGAUCUGAUGCCAUGCGGGUGUCCUUGUAGCUCUUCUCCGACAAGUCGUCGAAUCUUGUUUGGCAAUUGUUCGAAGACUUUUUGUAGGAUUGGUACCAGAAGCUAUGGUGGUGGAAAUUUGGUGUUUCUCCGACGAGAUUCGGGGAGUUGCAGAGCGAUUCCGGCGAAACCCAAGGAGAGUACUCUGCUCAAUGGUCUUGGUCAAGAAAAAACAGUGAUGUUCAAUCUAAGGCAAGAGUCACGAAAGCCGAUAUCUUUGGAAACUCUGUUUGAGAUAGUGGCUGAUGAUCUGCAGAAGUUGAACGACAAUCUUUUAUCGAUUGUUGGUGCAGAAAAUCCGGUUUUGAUAUCUGCAGCUGAGCAAAUUUUCGGUGCUGGUGGUAAGAGGAUGAGACCGGGUUUGGUGUUCCUUGUAUCACGAGCCACUGCAGAAUUAGCUGGCUUAAAGGAACUUACGCUAGAACACAGGCGUUUAGCUGAGAUCAUUGAAAUGAUUCACACCGCAAGUUUGAUACACGAUGAUGUGUUAGACGAAAGUGAUAUGCGAAGAGGAAAGGAAACGGUUCACCAGCUUUUUGGAACAAGAGUAGCUGUAUUAGCUGGAGAUUUCAUGUUUGCUCAAGCAUCAUGGUACUUAGCAAAUCUCGAAAACCUAGAAGUCAUUAAGCUCAUAAGUCAGGUGAUCAAAGAUUUCGCAAGCGGUGAGAUAAAGCAAGCAUCGAGCUUAUUCGAUUGUGACGUCAAGCUCGAUGAGUACUUGCUCAAGAGUUACUACAAGACAGCUUCAUUAGUAGCUGCAAGCACCAAAGGAGCUGCGAUUUUCAGUAGUGUCGGAAGCGAGGUAGCGGAGCAAAUGUAUCAAUUUGGGAAGAAUCUUGGAUUAUCAUUUCAAGUAGUUGAUGACAUUUUGGACUUCACUCAAUCCUCAGAGCAACUAGGGAAGCCUGCAGCCAAUGACUUAGCCAAAGGCAACAUAACAGCGCCAGUGAUCUUCGCGCUAGAGAAUGAGCCGAGGCUAAGAGAGAUCAUUGAGUCUGAGUUUUGUGAGCCUGGAUCUCUUGAAGAAGCCAUUGACAUGGUUAGAAAUCGUGGUGGGAUCAAGAGAGCUCAGGAAUUGGCUAAGGAGAAAGCUGAAUUUGCUUUAAAGAAUCUGAAUUGUCUUCCUAGAAGUGGUUUCAGAUCAGCUCUUGAGGAUAUGGUGAUGUUUAAUCUUGAGAGGAUUGAUUAACUUCCCAGAGUAUUUGUCAACGUGUAACUUUCUUUAUUUGUAACACAGUUUUUUAAAUUUUUUUACUGUAUGUCAUAAAGGAAUAAAAAGUUAGUUUUUACACACACACAAAAAAUAAGUUUCUGUUUAUGUACUUAUGAAUGUACAUAACUUUCUAUCAAA